AGCUUUCAUUGGUGGUCUGCCUUUUGAGAUCGAUGAAGAAAAAUUGCGUGAGAGUGUUGAAGAAAAGUUUGGAAAGGUUUUAUGGAUUGAGGUUGUUCGUGAAAGGGUAAGGAUUACUGACACCGGUUCACUAAGUCUUGCGGAAAAUAUGCGAAACUUUGGUAAUCACCAUUCUUUGUUUAAGAAAUGUGCGUUUGUUGAAUUCUCUGAAAAAUCUUGCUACGACAACGCGAUAAAUCAACGUACCUUUACUUUUAACGGGAUGCAACUAAGGAUCGUGAAGGCUCUGGCACCUAAAUAG